CAUGUAUGCAAGAGAGAGAGCGAGAGAGAGAGGAAGAGAGCGUGAAUGUGAGGGGGAGAGAGAGUGUGGGUUAAGACCAACCCCCUUUUUAGCUGUUGCAUGUUUCAACUAAGAUCUUACUUCACUCCCUCUGCCUUGUCAGUUUGACUGUGAGUCACUUGGUGCUCUUUUUUGGAUUCUCCUCACUGAAAAGCAGAUAAAGGGUAACUUCAAUAAGGGCAGCGCUCCAACAACUUCAAGCGUCUGGACCCUCUGACCAGGACAAACAGAGCUCAAGAGCUCCGUCUUCUGGCCAAAAAGAAAAAAAUCUAGGGAUUCUGGUGGACACUGUGUCAGCUUCAUGUAAUCCCUCCAUUUAUUGAAGGAGCUCAGACAUUUCUUUGUGUAUCUUUUUUGUACCGGGACAUAUUCUUCACAGCUCCUACUGCAAAAAGCAUGUCAACAAAAAUGACUUUAUAGGCACUGACUGCAGGCAGAAUAGAAGAAAAGCAGCAUAAAGCAUGGAGGCUUCAAGUUCUGCUCUUGCAGGGACCCCACCCUCUAUGCCCACAUUCCCCACCUCCCCUACUCCCUCCUCACUUGGCUACUUGCAGUUCUUCUGGGAGUACCAGAACAAUUCUGUCCUUGUGGAGCAUUACAACUACACCGGCAAGCUGCAGAAAGACCGCUACCGUGAAGGGCUCAAACCUGAGGGCAUUGCGUUCCUGGUGGUGUGUCUCCUCAUCGUCCUGGAGAACGCUGUGGUUCUCAUUGCCAUUUGGAAGAACAAGAACUUUCACCUGCCCAUGUAUUACCUGCUGGGAAACCUGACUCUGUCUGAUCUGCUGGCUGGGAUUACAUAUAUGGCCAACAUCAUCAUGUCCGGAUCUAAUACUUUGAAACUGACACCGUUGCUGUGGUUCCUCAGGGAGGGAGGGGUCUUCAUCACUCUGGCUGCCUCUAUAAUUAGUCUGCUGGCCAUUGCAAUUGAACGCCAUGUUACUAUGGUGACUAUGAGGCCAUACCACGGGGCAAAGCGAGGACGGAUGUUGGCACUGAUUGGUGCAAGUUGGGCCCUGGCAGGGUUUUUGGGGGUCCUCCCUAUUCUGGGAUGGAACUGCAUCCACAGACUGGACCAGUGUUCAACAGUCCUCCCGCUUUAUGCCAAGAGCUACAUCCUCUGCUGCGUAUCUGUGUUCAGUGCAGUGCUCCUGGCCAUUGUGGUCCUCUAUGUCAGAGUCUUUCGCAUUGUCCGCAGCAACAUGCAGCGCCAGCGGCUGGGCCUGUCAGGCAGCAUGAGGAAGGGCUUAGCGAGGAAGUCGGAGAAGUACAUCGCCCUCCUCAAGACAGUCACCAUUGUGCUAGGCGUCUUCAUUGCUUGUUGGCUGCCCCUCUUCAUCCUCCUCCUCCUGGAUUUUUUCUGCCCCACCCACAGUUGUCGCCUGCUUUACAAGGCUGAUUACUUCCUGGGAGUAGCCAUGGUCAACUCGCUUCUCAACCCCAUCAUCUAUACUCUGACCAGUAAGGACAUGAGGAGAGCCAUUCUGAAGCUGCUCUGUCGGCCAUGUCUGAUGACCAGAGAUGGACAGGUGAAGAAGAUUGGGAUGCCAUUCCUGGAGUGCAGUUUCAGUAAAACUGAGGUGGCAUCCCAGAAGUUAGAGGGGGGACUGGAGACGACCAUUUCCUCUGGGAACGUAAUCACCACUCCAUCUCCUAUUAAGGCCCUUUACCCCAAACUCUUCAAGUCAUAAGGACUUCGACUGACUGAUUGGACAUGUAGCACAUCUUCAAUAGAGAUGAAGCAGUUCUGGUAUUCUAGCACAGCCAGAAACAAAAAGACAUUUAGACAAAUGUCUCACCUUGAUAAGUCAGAAGUGGUGCAGCAGUAUAACCACGUGAAAGAACUUCAUUGUGAGAUGGCUACAACACAAAAUGCAUAAGGACGCCACUGCAAUGUGAAGCAAACAGACUCCUUAACUAAUUUGCACUGAAAUAUCGCAAUGAAUGGAGAAGCAGCCUUCAAUUUUCCUGUUGUUCUGUAGUUUGUGUCGAAGCCUGGAAGGAGACUUCUGUAAACCCAAAGACUCUCGUGAUUGAAAAACUGUAAAUGUAACGUUCUCUCCCAGACUUGCUGGGUCAGUGCUGAACUGUGGUUGGCUUUGCCCUUUUUUUACAGUUUCUUACUGAAGUGCCUUAAAUACAGCACAAAGACUUCCAAUAUGUGCAGUGUGUAAUCUGUGCAUCUACAGACACCUGGAUUUCGCCGGUUCGAAAGCCCAUACUGUGCUAGAUUUGCCCAGAUAAAUUUGUGCACCCCUACACGUAUCUGUGUACGUGAUGCAGGGAGAGUUACAGGGAGACAGAAAGAUAACAGGAAAAAGAGAUGUGGCACUCACGCUUAACAAACACAGCUCAGUCAAGAAUGCUGAGGCGUAGUUGUGGGAGGUAGGCACAAAAUUUUAAUCCCCCACUGUUUUGAAAUGACAGAUGGUUAGAGAGAAAAGUUGUUGGGGUUGGUGUCCGAUUUUUUUUUAAAUGUCAGUCUGGCAUCUGCAGGAAAACUGCUACUGCAACAAAAACAACAAAAUGUCAUCAUUUGAUGUGAUCAACUGACAGAUGUAACAAAAAAGGCCUUUUCCCAUCAUGACAUGCUGAUAGUUUAACUCUAAACCAAAUCAGCUGCAAUUGCAUCACUUGUAAGUAUAAGCCCAAUAAAUUGUUACUUCAAAGAUUUAUAUUUCAACUUGCAAAUAAAGUUUUAGAUGUAAUAAAUCAUUUUUAGGACAAGAAUGUGCACUUGUAAACUAAAUCAUGCAGAAUCAGUGCAAUUAUUCCAAUACUUCUCUUCACUAUCCAUCAUGUUAACAGAAUAUUUCCGGUUAUAGCUUAAGGUACUGAAUUUUCCUUAUUGUGAAAUGAGUUUGGCAUCAGUCUUUUUAUACAGAUGUUUUUUUUAGUGCAGUCUUUCCCGACCUUAAUUGAUGAACGAGGCAGUGUGCUUUUCUUGUACUGUAAUUCAUGUAGUGAACUUUUUAUAUUUCUGAAGACUUUUCAAAUCAUCUGUAUUGUAAAUUAUAUCUAUUUUGUAACAAGAAAAGUGUAGCAAACUUUACCUUUCUUUUCAUAAAAGAAAUAAAAUGUUUUCUUAAAUGAU